AUGGACUCACCUAUACACAUUGGAGAUCUUACUACAAAUUCAAUUCAACAAAGGUUAAAUGAUACUCACAUCAAUACAAUAUUUGACACAGAGGUGAGCUCUGCGGUGUAUUCCGGUGUUAAAGUGAUACAACUAACAAUCAGGAUGGGUGAAGGUGCAGAUAAUAUGAGCCUGCAGAAUCUUCCUCAAGAUGAAAUCACUAUACUAAGAAGAGUUCAAGACUCAUUUAUUAACGCUACACAGUUGCUCCAGAUUUUAAUCAAGUUGAACCUACUUACCGCGAAUCAGGCCAAAAACUUUCUUAGUAACAAAGUUUCAUCAGGUUUGGAACAUUGGGGCGGCGUUUCGCUGACAAAACACCGUUCGCACAUAUUAGAGUAUUUGAGUAAUGAGAGCGGUUUACUUAAAGGUGCGUGGGUACCCUACGACUUGGCAGUCAGCAUAGCAUUGAAGUUUGAUGUCUACGAGAUGACAAAAGAAUUGUUUCUUGUGGAUGUUCACGACUACGAGAGUCUUCCUAAACUCAAGAAAAGAACACUAGAACUUGGAGAUAAAGUCUCUAACAGCAUCACCGAGUCACCAUUGAAGAAACAAAAAGUUGAAGAACUCAAGGAUGGCGAUGGGUCUGGAAGCACGCAUACGCGUCCGCAAGAUAUUGUCGAUGGUUACACUAAUAAGAAUUCGUUUUUUCCACACACCAUUCCUCCAAUCUCUAUUAAUGAAGACCAGUUGAGUUUAGUAAAUACAGCAAAAGGCAUAUACGGACAAGUGUUUAAAAAAGACGAACUCGCAGUCGGAGUGUCCGUGGAGGAUGUGAAGAUGGAGUUUGAACCUUUACUUGCAGAGCAUCGUCUUGAUGAAGUAGAGGAUAUCCCUCUUGACCAAAAGGGACAAACUGCAUUGCAUUUUGCAGCAACACUAGCCUCGUUGGGCCUCGUUUCCGCAUUUAUUGAGCUAGGACUUACUUCACCCAUUAGAGGAAACAAUGAUGGUGAAUCUCCUUUGAUAUCUUGUGUUCAAGUUACCAAUGCUAUGGAGAAUGGAAAUUUUGUUGAAAUAUUAGAAAACUGGUUAUAUCCGAACAUCUGGUUGCUUGAUAACAAAAAGCAAACUAUUUUACACCACUUGGCUAUGCAAGUUGGGAAGGGCGAGAGCUAUAAAUUUUACUUAUCUGCGAUAUUGGAGUAUGUAAUUUUACAAAGCCGUACAAAGUUCAAAAAGUUCAAAGAGCAAAUUUUGGAUGCAACCGAUGAAAAUGGCGUUACUGCUUUGCACAUUGCAGUGGAAAAGGAAGAUAAGUGGCUUAUCAAAAUAUUGUUGGCUUUGGGCGCUGAUGCGCGUAUUCCCGACAAGCGCAAUAUAAAAUGUGAAGAUUUCGAGAUAUUGAACGAUGUUGAAGGACUCACUUUUAACGAGAAUAUCUUUGACUUGAUACGUACAAACCAAGAGAUAUUAAGGGAGCAGACGAUAGUAAAUGGCAGUGAGAUGCCAGAUAUUGAGGAAGUCAAGGCAGUAAAGACUCCGCUGAAGAAUAUAUACGAUGACGCGCAAGAAACGAUAACAUCAAAGAUUUUUCAAAGUAUACAACAACUACUAGCUGAAACGAAUUUUGAGUAUGCCAGUAUUUUGAACACCAAAAGGGAGCAGAUUGAGCUUUUAGAUCUGGCUCUACAUGAUGCCACGAUAGUUACAGCAAAUAACAGGUUUCAAACUAGAAAACUUGCCGAUAAUCUAGCUACAUUGGACACUCUUAAGUUACUGGCUGCUAAUGUAUCAGAUAAGUUGAUGCUCUGCAAGCAAGAGCUUGUCGGAGAAGAGGAGUUACUGUUUGACGAAAAUCAGCAGUACGAUGCGGAUGAGCCUUUCAUUAUAAAAUCAUUAUAUGAAAGAGUAGUUAAGAACGAAUCAGUGGAGGAUUUGAGGCAUGACGAGGCGAUAAUCAAGCAAUUACAACCUGUAAAUAUUCUCAGAGCAAGAAUAAACGCGUACAAGAAAAUGAACGAAAAUUUGGAAAACGAGUUGCAAUGUUUGAUUGAUUAUAGAGAACUCACUUCCAAAUUUAAAAACAUUGUGAGUACAUGUACCAAUGUAGGCAUGAACGAUGUCGAUGAAUUAUUAGACGGUCUUUUGGAAGCAGUUGAAGGACAACGGUAA